AAAAGCCCCAGCGAAGAACCCAACAAGUCGAAGAAGUGCUCGCGACGCGUUCAGAACGAGAAUCGGACCACGACUAUCGUAGAAUAUAACACCAAAAAAAAAAAAAGAAUCUCAAGAAAUAGACACGGUAGACUCUUCUUGCGGUUAAGGAUCAGUGAGCCCUUGAGUGGCGGUGAAGUGCAAGCGUAAACAAACAAACAAACAAGCGGACAAAAAGAAGAAUAAUAGUGCUGUAAGACAAACACACAAAUUGUUCAUAUUUUUGUUAUGGUGCCGCGCAAUUGAAAUCUCACAUUGGAUAAAAGGAAACCUCACCUUAGACAGCCGUAGCUGUGAAGCCAACAAAUUCUCUCGUGUGCCGCCGCUUACGAGUGUAUAUGGUUCAUUAAAAGUGUGGCAGAACUUUGGCACUAAAGCGACGACGACCUGUAGAAAUGGUCCGGCAAUUGUGCGGGUAAUUUCCCGCCCGGUUUAAUUUGCUCUCCGACUCAGAGUCCGACAUCAGCCAGCGAGCAUGCGCACCGUCGCCGUUUUCUGUCAUUCGAAAGUUGGUGCCGCUGCGUGACACACAUUCUGAGCAUUAGACUCGAAGCUGCAAGCUGGAAGCUGGACACUGGCAGACAGGUUGGAGCACUGCCCUGCCGCAUCUGCUAGAUACAAAGCCAGAGAACGAGGAGGGGGCCUAGGUCCGAGCCCAAGGCGGCACAGCACUGUUGCAUUAUUCAUGCUUUGGGCAUCUGCAACGGGAACGAACUGAGCUGAACUCCAAACUCGACGCAAAACCCACAGACGAGCGAAGAUGACGCUGCGCUUAGUCAGCAUAUUAUCGGCGGCCUUACUGCUUCUAUGGCCCGCACAGCUGGAUGCAUUUAUCACACCGAAUACAGGGUGUCACCACAAUGGCACUUGGUUUGCGGACAAAUCGGUGGUGCCCAGCAUGGAGAAGUGCCUGAAUUGCCAAUGCAACCGGAAGACCCUUGUCUGCCGGCUCAAGGUCUGCCCCGAAAUGCCGAUGCCCCCGCCGAGGGGCUGUGUCGUAGUCCAAAAGAAGAACACCUGCUGCCCGUACCUCUCGUGUGCGAGACUGGAUGCUUUCUACAAGAUACCCACCAAGCGGCGCAUCAUAGCCUACUUGGACCACUACGAAAGGGAGUCCAUCGACAGGGUGGUGAACGAAAACAUGCUGCAACGAAGGUCCGACGACUCGGACACGGAUCUGUUUGUUUGUGUGAAGAAUGGAACUGUCUACAAGUCGGGAUCUGCUAUGUCAUCAUCCAACUUAUGCAGCUACUGUUACUGCAUAGGUGGCACAGAAAAAUGCGUGAAACCGAAGUGCAUGCUGCCAGUGGAGGGCUGCAAGCCAAUCUUCGUGGACUCUACCUGCUGUCCAGUGAGGUACGACUGCAGCAGCAAAACCUCCGGCAAAUCUUCGCAGGAAGUACGAUACAGGAAGACUUCCAACAAGCACUUCCAGCGAAUGUCCCAGCGCCUGCAGCGCAAUCGGGGCUGCACAGUGGGCUCCCAGUUCUACGCCGAGGGCCAGAAGAUGCGAUCCGAUGCCGACAGGCCGUGCGACAUCUGCUUCUGUAUUCGGGGGACGCGGCGUUGCGCACCAAAAAAAUGCUCCCCGGCCUUGAAGAAUUGCAUUCCGGUGGUGCCGAAAGGACAGUGCUGUCCUUCCAGCUACGACUGUGGCAGCCAGCGGGACUACCGGCGAUCUCACAACUCCCGCCAGUUCAAUCUGUACAAUAUGCUCUUCGGCAAGGAGGAUGACGAGCAGCAGGAGGUGCAGGAGUCGGCCAUAAUACCCCAAAAUGCCAUGGCCGAGAGAUACCCCCAUGAUCGUCAUCCUACUAAAGCACCACAAGGAAAUCCCCUCGAAGCCAGCAGUGAGAAGAGUAUCUUGGACACAAUCCGCGAAGGCCUGGAAUUCAUAGACGGAAACAACAACAAAAUGUUGGCCAAUAACAUGGAUCUUGUUGGAAUAAGAACUACAGUGGCUCCGCCUCAAAUGCGAACUGAGUCCAGCGAGGAGGUUAGCAGCACCUCCACAGUGAGUUUCCUAGACCUACUUCUGGGUCCAACCCCGGAGAAAGGAGAGCCGGAGGAUGUCAGUCAGCUACAAUCGACAACCACAAAGAACACUCUCUCCUGGAUGGACAUACUGCUUGGACCGGAUGAGGAGGAACUCGGGCCCAGCACAGAAACCUACCACGAAGGACCGGGUAGCAGCACUACCACUACCCUGAAGCCAAAGGAGGAGCUGGUGUCCUCCACAAGCAACAUAAAGAGAAUAGCGGAGGACUUUGAGGAGCAACUGGACAACGGGGGAAUGGCGGUUGGGGAACUGCCGGCGGAGGCCCAACAAAUAAAUAUCGGAAAUGCUGGAAUUUGGCCAAAACCUGCAGGGGAAGGUGUUGAUCAGCCCUUGAAAGAAGAACCAAGCUUAUUUAAUGCAUUUAUGGAUGGACUGUCUGGAAUCCUCGAAGAACCCCUUAAUGGAACUUCCAACAGCACAACCACCACAACAACGGAACAUGCACCACCCAUGUUCCGCCCACUGCCACAGUCGGGCAAGCCUACUCACACGCGAAUAAACUCAAAACUGGCCAACUUGACGGUGACUCCACCCAUGCUGGUGGUGACCAGCAAAUAUGGCCAGCCAGUGACCCACAGAAUAGUUUCCAACAGUAUCAGCUUGAGCAGCAUCACAACGACGACAACCACAAAGAGACCGUUGAGUACAACCACCGUUAAGACCACACCAAAGCCACAAACAUCUGAAAGGCCCAAAGUUAAAACCACCAAGCGGACUAGCACCACCGCUCCAAAGGUCAAUACUUUAAAGUCCACAACACCAGAACCCGCCACUUUAAGGCCAGGAACUCAAAAACCUACAGCUAAGACUCCUUCUAAAAAUCCCACAACGAAACCCACUACUCCCAAGCCGACUUCUAAGAAAUCCAGUUCGACAAAGCCGCCAUUAAAAGCUGAAACUAUUCCUACAACAACCACCACCACAACGACGCCCAAGCCCAGCACCACAACAACCACCCAUCGCACCACCAGCAAGCCAAAAUUCAAGCCAAAACCCAAGCCCUUCAUCACAAGCACUCCCAAACCCUUGGUCAUCAAAACGAACCCCACCAUCUUGGAAGCCGAGCCCCUCGAGAUCAACGGAGAACCCACCCUGCCGCCCAGUCUUCCCAACUUGAAGAUAAUACCCUUCCUGCCCACGGAUGCAGUGGAGACGGUGCCAAAAGAAAAUUAUCCAGCCAACUUCUAUCAGCAGAAGAUAGCCUCGGAUAAAAUGGACGUGGUUGGCUACGAUUCAGUGGAAGACUCGGUGGCUCUCUACUCCCAAUCGCAGCCCGACCAAGCCGCCUACAAAUACAAGUUCAACGUGGAGGUUCCGGCGGCAGAAACGGCUCCGGAGCCGGUGGUGCAUGUGGGUGGGCAAUACGAAGGUACGGCGGACUAUGUAAAGUUUGAUUUUGUUCGGCCGGUGGUGCCACCAUCCCACAAUGGCUUUUCGCCGCCAACCGAAACCGAGGGCGGGUUCAUGCCCAAGGAACCACUGGUCAUCGACGGGGAAGUCCUCCAAGAGCAUGUCACUUCGAGCGGGAUAAAAGGUCCUUUGGAUAACUUCCACAUAACGAAGCACAUAAUCGAUAUAACAACUGCAGCUGGGCGAGUCAAUGAUACUGCGUCUUCCAUAGAAAUCACCACUCCAGAUCCCUUUAAAGAUGUCAUCCACACAGAACCGCCACCCAAACUGGAUGAUUUGAUGGAGGACAAGGCGAACAAGAAGCCCGUUGAAGAACAUAUCGAAACUGUCACAUACAGCGUCAGCAACUCGACGUCCUCCUCCUCUUCGUCCUUGGCCACGUCCUUCAUUAGUUCAUCCGCUGCAGGGGAAAAAGCUGCAACGGAAAAGGAAAUUCCACUGAUAGAUAAAUUUGAAAUCAACAAGUUGGACAUGCUCUUGGAUGAGCUGCUGGGCAUGCAGCUGCCAAAGGAGGAGGCUACAAGGAGCACUGUGCCGCCUUUUAAGCAACUACCAUCGGAAAUGGUAAAAGCAAAUACAACAACUGCACCCACAACGGAGGCAACAGCAAAAACUACAUCCAAAACAAGGCAAACACCGACAACGGUCACCACAGGUCGACCAACAGCGACAGCACGUGUUCCGGCCAAAAAGACCAGCAAUAAAACGAAAAACAAACAGACCACGGGUAAUAGACGAAAAGUCCAGAGUGCCACGCGCCGCACAAAUCCACCAGUGGCUCCUGCAACAGUACCAACAACGACGAGAGCAACGCCAGCAGCAUCGACUGUGCAAACAACAACAUCGACGACGACAACGUCAACGACAACUACAACCACCACCACUGAGGGACCCACAACACCGAAGAGCACUCUUCAUCCAUUUUUAAACUCACCGUUCGACAAAUUACCCUUCAUGGAUGCCAGCUACGAGGUGAAGCCGCACAGAUUGCAGCCACAACAGCAGCAACAGCAGUUCGAGGCACUGCAGCAGCAACAUGAGCAGGCACCACAGCAAUUCCACCAUUACCAGCAUGCAACACGGCAGCCAACAGCAACUGCUGCUGCCACAUUAGCAACACCGCCGCAGGAUACGCCCACAAAUUGGUCCGAGAGGGGCGGUGGUGGGAGCGGGGGCGGCGGCGAGGAUCCCCUCGGCCAGCUCAAAUUGGCAGGAUGCAAUAUUUACGGACGCAUGUACCGGGUGGGCAGGAUUAUCGUGGAGCUGUCCAGCCAGUGCCUGGAAUGCAAAUGCACCGAGGUGGGCGUCAAGUGCGGCCCACUAGACUGUUAAUUUAGAAAUUCCCAAUGUCCUCAGCCUUGUCUCCCCCACCCGGAUGUGUAUAGAGUUUAAGUGUCGGAUCGUAGCAUUAUCUGUAGACUGUAAGGGGUAACAUAAGUUGUAUUAUAGAGUCUUUAACACAUUGGCUAAAAACUUGACCAUAAAUCUUAUUAAUAAAAAGGCAUUUAUAUCUUAAACUAGGCUAAGAAAUUAACAUUAAUAUUAUCAAGAAUCUAAGCUAAUAAAAUUCAUUAUUAUUUCAAUAAUUUUUAAAGAAAUAAAUAUUAAAUAAAAUAAUAUUAAUCUAAAACUAUAGUUGGGGUUUUAUUUGACUCAUAGCAUGCUUAAAAAAUUAAAAUAUGAUUUCAAUAAGAACCUUGCCCCAAAUAUGUUACAUACUCGAAGUUUUUUGUGGAAUUUUUCACCACAAUUAAUCCAAAAUAAAAAUCAUCCCUAGCUCUAUACUAAAAAAUUCCUACCUUCGAA